GCUGGCGGAGCUUUUGCGCGCUGCCCUGGCGAUGAGGCGUCCUGCGCCCGGCUUCCCGUAGCCUCUUCUGGUCGAGUCAUCAGUCGCGUUGCCGGGACAGCUUGCUGCGGCAAUGUACAGGUGUGGAAUUUGCAAUGUCAUCUCGCGUGACCUCAGGGAGCACGACAAGCAUUUGAGCGGGAAGCGCCACAAGCGCAAUUUCAGUCUUGCUGCGGCUGCGGGAGACGGGGCACGGGCCCGCACUGAACACGCACAUGGUGUUCAUGCUCACUCGGCGGGAUCGCAUGGAGCUAAGCGGCAGCGGCAGCGAGCCAGAGACUUGGCCAGCGUGGAUGCCGCCAUGGAGCGACUAGCGGCAGAUGCGUCCGUUGAGACAGAGGCAUUAUUGUUUGGAAUGUUGACUGGUGGUGGUCCUUCUCCUGGGGACUCUGGUGAGAGUGCGAACACUGCUCCACCCCAGUCUGAAUGUGAUGCCGCGGUUGGUCGCAGAUUGCAGCAUGAUGAGUCUUCCCCGGCAGUCGCACCCAUGUCAUCUGAGCAGGUAUCUGCCGUAAAGACUCACCUCGAGAGCAGGGGCGGAGCCGACAGGAUCACCCGCGUCGGCUCCAAGUUCGGGCUGCGCAAAAUGCAGCUGGCUGGGCAUUUUCACAUCGUAUGGGUAGAGGCCUCCUCGGAGCACUUCGUGAGUCUGUCCGCCUCCUUGCCCCAGGCGCCCGCGCAUCCUCCGGAGGCCGACGGUGAGGCCGGUGAGGAAGCCGAGGACCUGGACGGCGAGCCCCUGCUCGAGAGCGAGCUCAUCGCGGCCGUCCGCGAGCAGCGCAUGCUUGAGGAGCUGGCACAGCUGCACACGACGGCGGGCCAGGGGCCGGCACGCGCGGGCAGCCGCCCCCCGGGCCGCGUGGGCCUCCGCGGCGUCGGCUCGGAGUGAGGACGCCCGGCGUCGGUCGCGCGGCCGUUCGACGGAGGUCGUCUGCGCUCGGAGCGGCAGCGGCGGGGGGCGGAGUGGCGCGCAGGUGCCCCUUCACGGCCUCGCAGCGGGCGGCGGGCACGGCGAUGCCGAGCGGGCUGCUCGGAGCGUGCUGGCCUCGGGGCACUUCAGCAUCGGCGGCAUGGCCAAGGCGGAGGACGCGCAGAUUCCCCGCAUGGCCUCGCAGCGACGGCGGGCAUCGCGAUCUUGCCGCCUCUGUGAAUAUUGAGCUUCUCCAGGAGUGCAGGCAGCACCUCCGUAGCGGCCUGGCCCGUGCAGCACAAGCGCGGCAGCAUCCAGGUGGCAAGGUCUCGAGCUCUGGGGUUUGAUCGGAGGAUGA